UUAUCUUCUCAUUUUUUAUUUGUUUCAUUUUGAAGUUGCAAAUUUUAUUUGGUCCUUGAGAGUAAUGGCAGAAUCUAAAGAAUCCCACGUCGUUGAAAUCCCUGUCGAUGAAGAGCAUCAACAGAAACUCUUGUCUGCUAUGGCUACAGUUUCUGCAAUCCAGCAUCACCCUUUAAUGGAAAUCUCCGAAAGCCCUGGUCAUCUCUUGCUACUCAAGCUCUGGCAAAGAGAAGAAGACCUCUUCGGGCGACGAAUCGCCAUGAAGGAAACCCGAAUGGACAACAUCAAACGAGAAUUAUUUCAGUUGUGCUGUUUUUUCUUAGCCUUCCAUGGGUUUUUCCUGACUAUUCUCUUCACCUCUUCCAUUCAUUCGCAAGAACAUACAUGCAGGAAAUGGUGGCUUCCAUCUUUGCUAUCCGUCGCUUCUUCACUUGCCAUGAUCUUUUUGGUCCAGAUGAAGCUUUUCAUGUACUGGAAAGUUUCAAGACAGUUACAGAGAGAGAAGACCGAUAGCAGAGCUGUUACGAGGUGCAUCCAAGAAUUAAGGAUGAAAGGGAGGAGUUUUGAUCUAUCGAAAGAACCCCAGACUGCAAGAAGGAUGAAAAGCUCAAGCGUCGAAAUCAAAUGGAAACCUCUUACUUGGUGUUCCCAGAAUCUUAUAACCAUCUGUUUUAUUUGUUUCACAGGUAUGGUCUUCCCGGCUUGCAAGUAUAUCCUCUGUGAUUGAAGUUGACUUUUGCGCGCGGUUGGACAUAUGGAGGACAAGCUUGAACCUUGAGUUCAUUUCAUGGUGGACAGCAAGAACCAAUCUUGAUACGCUGAUACCCAUAUGAAUGCGAGGAAAGGUUGGUUGCUGUGC